GCCUUUUCAUAUGCACACAUGGCAUUAUACUAAACAAAUUGUUGCUGCGGUAGGUACGCCUAUCGAAAUUGAUAUGGCGACUAAAACGAUGAAUAGACCAAGUAUGGCUAAGAUCCGUGUUGAAAUUGAUUUAAUGAAGCCUUUAAUUCAUAAUGUCUGGAUUGGUACUGAGGAUGACAAUGAACCUCUUAAAGGUUACGUUCAAAAAAUUGAAUAUGAAAAUAUUCCUAAGUAUUGUAAGCAUUGUAAGAAAUUAGGACACAAUCUGAUGGAAUGUCGUGUGUUGGAAAGGAAAAAAGAAAAUGAAAAGAAAGAAGUGGAAAGGAUGAAACAACACACCAACCCAAAAGAGGAUGUGCUUAAAACGGAUGGAAAAGAAAAUGGUCCAAAUGGGAAAAAUGAGGUGCAGAACAGAGGAAGAGAUCAAAGAUCCCUGCCAGACCAGUUCAGAAAUAGACCAAGGGGUAAAAGUGAGCCUCCUAAAGUUUUUAAGCCUACGGGUGCUGUAUUUGGGAUUGAUAAGCCUAUGCCAAUAUCUGGGAAAAAACAGAAUGAAAAGAAUGCUGAGAAAGGUAUGAGUGCUGAGCAUCAAUUGGGUGGGAUGGAGCAAAGGAACCAAGAUGACUCUAUUCGGGAAGAGACUAAGGAACAGCUUGAUCAGAAUAAGGAGAGUCUACAAAAAGAAAUAGAAUCUCAAGGAAUUCCAAAAGAGAAGGUUGACAGUCUUGAUAACACUGGGAAAGAUCAGCAAGAAGAUCAACCUAUGAGGCAGACUGUUUUGAUCAAUAAUCCAAAUGAACUCACGGUUGAUUUGUUCGAAGGUAAAUGGCUGGAAUUUGGGAACAAGAAAUCGAAAAGCAGAUCAGGGAAGAAGGGAAGAAGCCCAAGACAAAAGGGGAGCAAUGAAAAAGAUAGUAUCAUGAUUACCCAAAAUAGCUUUGAUGAACUUAUGCAGGAAGAUGAAAAUUUCAGUGAUAACAAAAAUGAGGGAGAUACUAGCAAAACAACAGAAGAAAGAAUCAAUGCCAAGGAGACUAACAUAGAUGAAAACGAUGAAUGGGCUGAUAAAGAGUCUUCCGAGGAAGAGAAUACAUCAGAUAGCUCUGAAGAUAUGGAAAGUGAAAGUGACGAAGAAGAGGAAUCAGACAGCGAACAGGAAGAGCAGCAGAAGCAAAUAGAAAAACGUGAUAUGCCAGCUAAGAAUAAUAAGUUUUCUAUGAAAGAACAGAGUGGGGAAAAGGAAGUGAAUCAAAAUGUACCUCCUAAGACAAGGAGACAAAUGAAGAAAUCACAAGAUCAUUCCAAAAGAAUUUUAAAUGAUCAAGAUUCUUAAUUGGAAUAUUAGAGGCAUGAAAUCCCAUGCAUCUACAGAAAGGGUAAAGUUUUUAAUCGCUUCACAUAGAAUUCAACUUAUUGCUAUACAAGAGCCUUUCAUAAAGGAAGACAAAAUUGAAAGAUACAAAAAGGAGAUGAAUAUGCAUGAAUGCUUUUCCAACUGCAGUAACAAAAUUUGGGUUUUCUGGGCUACGAGCAUUAAAUGCUCUAUUUAUACUAAUGAGGAACAGAUGGUCACUUGUAAGAUUAUUGAUAAUGAUAAGGAGUUAUAUUUUUCAAUAGUCUAUGCCAAAUCUUCUAGGAAAGGAAGGGAAGAAUUAUGGAACCAUAUGAGAAUCUUUGCCUCUACUAUUAAUGCACCCUGGGCAGUUGCAGGAGAUUUUAAUAGUAUUCUUGAUGCUGAAGAAAAAAUUGGGGGAAAUCCCCAUAGACUAAGCAAGAGUAUUCCAUUCAUGGAAUGCCUCAGUGAUUGUGGUUUAAGAGAUAGUGGAUAUACGGGGCAUGUUUUUACCUGGUGCAAUGAGAGAAAAGAAAAGAAUGUAAUCUGGAAAAGGUUAGAUAGAAUGGUGCAUAAUGAAGAAUGGGAUGAUCUUUUCUCAAGUACUAAUGUACAACAUCUUCCUAGAAUUGGAUCAGACCAUUGUCCCAUAUAUAUUACUAUGGAUAAUCCUCAAA